AUGGAGUGCCAGCCAAGACCAUCCAGUGCCGCCCAGCCACAGCAGCAGCCGAAUAGGAAGAAGUCGCGGAAGAGAAGGUGCGCCUUCGACGUGGAAGAUCCUUGCCGUGUCGUCUGUUUGCCGCCGCCGCCGCCGCCGCCGCCGCUUGGUCGCCGCCUUCCGGUCCUUGCCGCCGCCGCCGCCUGCCGGGGCUCGUCGCCCGUCGCCCCCGCCUGGUCGCCGCCUGCCGGGGAGUACGCGGAGACGGCGAUGAACGAGCUCCUGGGGUGGUACGGCUACGACAAGGUGGACAGCCGCGACACGCAGGGGCUGAGCCUGCGCCACUUCGCCGCCCCCGCGCCGCGGCCACGACCGCCGCAGCGCCACCAGCCGCGACUGCAGCCGCCCACGCCCCCGCCCGCCCCCGCUGCCGGCAACGCCACCGCUGCUCCUGCGCUGCCCGACGCCGACGGCGACACCGACCCCGACGGCGACAGCAGCGCCAGCCCCACCGCCACCAGCCCAGGUUAUUGUUAG